GUUAAAUCAUUCUGUUAAUUAAUAUUGUGCCAAAGGUACUUUUUAUUUCCUUCAUUCAAAUUGCAGCCCCAUUCAUUUUUAGUUCAAGCAGCAAGGUUAACUGAUCAAAGGUGAUACUUAUAUUACCAGUGUGAGCAGGAAGGAUUUUGACAUACUGCUCCAAAUCCUCUAGAGGCAAAUAAUAAAGGGAGCCCAGUAUGUUAUGUAUGGCUUUGACCUGGCCCAGGGCCCUGUUUGUGAAUGGUGAUAGCCAGGCAGGAGAGGCCAUCAGGUUAAUCAGGGAAGCCAGAGUCUGGGGAUUGGAAAGAUUUGCUAAUAACUAUACUGCAUUUUAUUUUUAAUGUACGCUUACAUAGCCGAACUUGGCACAAAUCAAUAGUGCUAUGCAUUAGAAUAUCCAUAGGUAAAUCUCAGAGAUAACAGUUGAGGAUAGUAACACUAGAACACUAGAAAUAAGGAAUGAUAGUAAUCAUAUAUUCAUUGUAAUCUUAUAAUAGGUAAUACUAGAUAAAUUUGACUAUAUUCACAAUAUUUUCACUUGCUAAGAUCACUUUUUUGCAGUGAACAAGUAGUGUGAUGGAGUAUACUUGGAUUUCAGUUUAAAUAUGGGCUCGUUAAAUACCAGGUCGUGAUAGGUGUGUAUACCAGCAUGUGUGUGUCUUGUAUAGGCUAUGGCACAGGAUGACUUUUAUUGAGAGAGGAGUAGGCAUGCAGACCAAUUAACAUUUGAGUCACUUCUCAUCAUUAGCAAGUCUUUGUAAAAAGGACCUCAUGCAGAGACCAAGACACAUGAAUGUGCUUUGCACUUAAUCACAAGUGACACACUUCUGGCCUUAACAGAGUUGUACGUCAGUGGACUCCAUUAUUUGGCAGCCAGUAUCACAAGACCAGGCUUCUUGAUCCAUUCAGAAUGCUUCUCUUUAUAGGUAAAAUGGGAGGGCCACUUCAGACAUUGGCUUAAGGUAGAUGUUUUUGAAAGUUUUUUUUUUUUUUUUUUUUGGCUAUAUGAUGAGACGUCAGAAAGGUAACAUUUCCCUGUGACCUUAUCAAAGUUUUUCCCCACUGAGACAUCCCUCACACACCCUGACUUUCAUCCUGACACACAACCACACACACUUACACCUACCCCUCCCACAAACAAACGCAGAGCCUACACCUCCAUAACGUACUCAUGUCUACAUCCGCAUAACCGGCAUCCUUUUACGCCUUUCACUCUCUGGACCAAUAACAGGUCUCCAGACACCCGCCUUUCUCUGACUUGUAUAUAACCCACUUCAUACUGCUGUUGGACCACCGUGAUCAGCUCUCUUUGCACCAGGUGAGGUAAUAGGCCUGGGUUUCUUGGAUGAACACUAGGAUGUGUUCUCAAAUGCAGGUAGUGGUGUUGGCUCUGUCCCUUCUCGUGUUAGCGAGUAGGGUCAGAACAGCUCCCAGAACCGACUUACUGGCACAUCUGCUCCAAAACGAGGCAGAUGGGAAGGAGGACCUUUCCCGCAUACUUCUGCUGAAGCUCCUUUCUGAGCUGGAGAUCCCAGAAUCACAGAAUGACAGCCUUGCUGAUGAUGACAUGGAGGUGAACCGCGUCCUACGCCAUCUUCCCUUAACUCCGCGUGAAAGGAAAGCUGGCUGCCGGAACUUCUUCUGGAAGACAUUCACCUCCUGUUAGCCACACCAUUGUAUGAAGUAGCUGCAUUGGUUGCAUGGUGGAUUUAUUUUUAAAGGACGUUUAUGCUUUAGCUAUGUAUGUUGUCUAUUCAAUCCUCAUGCUUGGUGGUGUCCGAUUUCUGUAGAGCUGGAUCUGGAGUAGCCAGCUUUAAAAGUGUGCAUGUGUAUCAUUUUCGGUUUGGUUGUUUUAACAAAACAUAUUAACAUAUUACUAGACAAAUAGUGUUUCUGGCUAUAUCCAACGUGUAAUAAGACUAAUUUUGUGGUUGUAUAAAAAGAUUGUCUUAGGAUUUGAUGUGUAACAAUUGUACAAUCCUAAAUAUGGAUUCCAAAUAAUGAAAAAAAAUAAACAUUGGCUCUAUUCAGACUCAGACACAAGUCAAGGAAACAGUUUUAUAUAUCUGCAAUAGUCAUAACUAACAUUACUAAGUGAUAGCUUACACCCAUGGCUGAUAAACAAAAUCACCUGCUGUACUGAUGGAUGGGUUUAUGAAUUGAAGUUUCUUAAAUAAUCAUUCACUAGUGUCAGUUUCACAAUUAAUGAGUCACAAACAAAAGGUGAAAUUCUGCUGCAUGAAGAGCACUUGUUCAUUAGUAUCAGUGGGCGUUGAUAAAACAUUUAGGUUUAAGCAUUUAGGUGGCACUGAUAUUGUUAUACAGUGAGGCAGGAAAAAGUAAAAACAUAUGCAGAGGGAUGAGAAUGUUCACAUCAAAUGGGCAAGUUACUGGAUAUUCAGAACCACAGAAUUAAAGAUACAGACCAAGAAUAAGUAAAAA